GCUAGAAACUCUAUCGACUCUAAUUAUACCCUUAAGAGAAAAUUAAUACACCAAAAACAAUAUCGUCGCAAAAUAAACCUAAUAAAAAAGAUAUACGAAUAUAGUAAAAUAUAUAACGUAGAUAUAUACGUGGGUAUUCGCCUCCGGGAAACUGGCCAAGGUUCAUACUACCUAACCCUAAAGAUUAUUACGGACCAGGACCUAGAGAAGGCAGUGAAGCCUAUAAAUUGUGAGGGAACAGAUUAA